UUGUUCACCAUCACCUGAAGUGAACAACUCAACAAUGUCUGCUAUAAACUUGUUAAAGAGGAUGGUGACACCUGCUGGUUGUUUGGAGGCAGGACAAAAAUAACACUGAUCACCACAUUGAGCUUUCCUGAACUUCCACCUGAAUGAGUCUCUUGUAAAAAUAUCAAGUCAGCAUUUUUUUGCCUACAGAAAAUAAAUCCUAACCCUAGUACAACAUGUCAGGUCAUUCAUAUGUGUGAAUAUUUGUAAAUGUCUGAUUUUGCAUCCGUCCAAAGUAGUUCUUCCUCUUUCCCCUCUCUAUUUCUACAUAAAAGUAAACAUCACUGCACACUGUGCAUAUUCAUACCCUUAACUAGAAUGCAGCCUUCAGCUUUACUGUAAAGGAAGAAUUUUUUACAUCAUUGUUUUAAGUAAAAUACUACUAGAACAGUGUAGAAAUCCUUUGCGACUUAUUACUUUUUGGUAAGAGAAACAUUAUUUGCAGAGAAACUGAGACAAAAUUGUGUGAGUUCCUGUUAUAAAGAAUGAAACGGAUCAUAAUCAGGCAGACGCACUUGCUGUUUUCAUCCCAACGAGCCUAAUAGGAGGAAAUGCCAAACGGAGAUCUCCAUCUAAAUGUUGCUUCAGCUGUGUUCUCACGAUAAGCUUUAAUUGAUGAGAAGGACAAAAACAUUAGCAGCAAAAUGUACCUGGAGUACCAAAACUAAAAGUACUCUGUAUGCAGAAUAACAUAUGCGGUAUUAUUGGAUUAUAACUCUUAAUGCAUUAAUGUUGCAGCUGGAUGGUGGCCAUGUUAUUACAGCCAACAAGGCUGUGAAAUGGGCGACUGCAGUUUGAGUCACACCGCUGGAUAUUUUUAAGGCUGGAGGCAUUUCCGUCUGUGACCAUGCAUUGGUGACGCAGUGGUUAGAAGGUGAUGGUUCUAGACCCGGUCGGGACAGAGUCCUUCAGUCUGCAAGUCUGAGAUACGAAGAUGAUUAGUAGUGAGGAGGAGGAGGAAAGAGCAGAGUCUCCAGUAUGCAGCUGUGUGAGUGACUGGUCCAGAGAUGAACCUCCAGCCUUCAGUAAUGAACCUGGACGCUCAGACACACAAAAGAGGAAAAGACAUGUUUCUGUGAAGGACCAGCUGCCCUGCUGUACUUUGUGUCUAGAAGUCCUGAAGGAUCCGGUCUCUACUAGCUCGGGAUACUGGAUCUGCAGACAGUGCAUCAACUCAUACUGGGACCAUUUUGCUUCAUCAGAUGUCUUCGAUCUCCAGUAUGGAAAGAGAUCCAGAACAGGAGCUGGACCGCAGAGAGCUGGGCAGUCCACCACUGUACAAAUGGAUGUUGGUCUGCAGGAGGUUUUAAAUGAACACAAGAUCAGUCUGAGAAAGAGAUGUGAACACGUGACUGAAGGAAGCAAUGAAGCAAGAAGUGGAACUGCCCUCAACAGGAUCUACACUGAGCUCUACAUCACAGAGGGACAGAGUGAAGAGGUUAAUACCCAACAUGAGGUUUGGCAGCUUGAGACAGCUUCCAAGAAGAAGACCUUCAGUGAAACUCCAAUCAGGUGCUGCGACAUCUUUAAGGCCUCACCUGACCAACAGAGACGCAUCAGAGUGGUUCUGACCAACGGCGUCGCUGGAGUUGGAAAAACCUUCUCAGUGCUGAAGUUCACUCUGGACUGGGCAGAGGGCUCUGAAAACCAACAUGUCAGUCUGCUGAUACCAUUUUCGUUCAGGGAGCUGAACCUGAUCAGAGAUGAGCAGUACAGUCUUCUCAGGCUGCUCCAUGUUUUCCAUCCAACAUUACAGAAGGUGACAGCAGAGAAGCUCGCUGUCUGUCAACUUCUUUUCAUCUUUGACGGCCUGGAUGAAAACAGACUUUCACUGGAUUUCAACAACCAUGAGGUCGUGUCUGAUGUCACACAGAAGUCACCAGUCAGCGUGCUGCUGACAAACCUCAUCCAGGGGAAGCUGCUUCCUUUUGCUCUUAUCUGGAUCACUUCCCGACCUGCAGCGGCCAAUCAGAUCCCUCCUUCAUGUGUCGACAGGGUAACAGAAGUACGAGGCUUCACUGACGUCCAGAAGGAGGAGUACUUCAGGAGGAGGUUCAGUGAUGAAGAUCUGUCCAGCAGAAUCAUCUCACACAUCAAGACCUCCAGGAGCCUCCACAUCAUGUGUCUGAUCCCAGUCUUCUGCUGGAUCACUGCUACAGUUCUGGACCACAUGUUGACUACAGACCAGAGAGGAGAGCUGCCCAAGACCCUGACUGACAUGUACUCACACUUCCUGCUGGUUCAGACAAAGAGGAAGAAGCAGAAGUACGAUGAGGGACGUGAGACGAGUCCACAGGAGCUGACGGAGGCUGACAGGGAAGUUCUUCUGAAGCUGGGGAGGCUGGCGUUUGAACAUCUGGAGACAGGAAACAUGAUGUUCUACCAAGAAGACCUGGAGCGCUGUGGUCUUAAUGUCGCAGAGGCCUCGGUGUACUCAGGAGUUUGUACGGAGAUUUUCAUAAGAGAGAGUGUGAUCUUCCAGAAAACAGUCUACUGCUUUGUUCAUCUGAGCGUUCAGGAGUUUCUGGCUGCAGUCUACAUGUUCCACUGUUACACCAACAGGAACACAGAGGUACUGGAGGACUUCCUGGGAGCAAGAUGGGAGUAUGGAAUCAGUGGCCCAUUACUGGAUGUCUUCCUCAGACAUGCCAUGGAGAUAUCCCUCAAAAGUAAAAAUGGCCACCUGGACCUGCUUGUUCGCUUCCUUCAUGGCCUCUCUCUUAAUUCCAACCAGAGACUCUUAGCAGGUCUGCUGGGUCAGACAGACAACAGGCCAGAAACCAUCCAGAGAGCCACCAACAACCUGAAGGAGAUGAACAGUGAUGAUGUCUCUCCUGACAGAAGCAUCAACAUCUUCCACUGUCUGACGGAGAUGAACGACCACUCAGUCCAUCAGGAGAUCCAAGAGUUCCUUAAGUCAGAGAACAGAUCAGAGAAGAAACUCUCUGUGUUCAACUGCUCAGCUCUGGCCUACAUGCUGCAGAUGUCAGAGGAGGUUCUGGAUGAGCUGGACCUGAACAAGUAUAAAGCAUCACAGGAGGGACGACUGAGACUGAUCCCUGCUGUGAGGAACUGCAGAAAGGCUCUGUAA